AUGGCUACUAGUAAGAUGGCUUCCUGCAUCUUCUGCAAGAUCAUUCAGGGCGAGAUCCCCUGCUUCAAGCUCUUCGAGAGCGACAAGACGCUGGCCUUCCUCGACAUCAACCCCCUUAGCAAGGGCCAUGCUCUCGUCAUCCCCAAGUUCCACGGCGAGAAGCUAACCGAUAUCCCCGACGACUACCUGACCGAUAUUCUGCCGAUCGCGAAGAAGCUGGUCGUGGCCACAGGUGCCAAAGAGUACAACAUCUUGCAGAACAACGGCCGUGGGGCACACCAGGAAGUCGGGCACGUGCAUUUUCAUAUGAUCCCCAAGCCCAACGAGCAGGAAGGCCUUGGCAUUGGUUGGCCCCAGCAGAAGACGGACAUGGACAAGCUGAAGGCGUAUUUUGAGGAGAUCAAGUCAAAGGUGUAA